ACAGACACAAAUUGGACAGAUAGACGAGAAAGAGAGCAUAUCAUCUGUCAUUUUUAUGUCAAAGGGCAUAGCAAGCCUUAGGAAUCACAGAGUGAUAGAUAAUAAAUUAUUGAAAAUGUAAAAAACGGUUCGCUUGGAUACACUUGCCAAGUUGAUGAAUCCAGUGCAUCUCAAAUGUGAAUAAAUUUCUGCCUUUUUUUUUCGAUGAAUUCGGCAAGCAUGCAUAAAGAAGAAAACUGUCACAGCCGUGGCUUUUUCGGGAGCUUGGAAUUUAAUAUUUUUCUCAAUCAACUGUAAAGCUUCCACUCUUCCCUUAAAAAACAGAGCUAUCAGCAGCACAAUGGAGGACAAUACUGUUAUCAAACCUACUGCCACUACACCUGCUAUUGACACUUCAAAGUGGCCUCUUCUUUUAAAGAACUACGAUCAACUUAAUGUUCGUACUGGUCAUUAUACACCCAUUCCCAGCGGUUGCUCACCUUUAAAGCGUCCACUUGACGAUUAUGUUCGCUAUGGUGUUAUUAACCUCGAUAAGCCUGCGAAUCCUUCCUCUCACGAAGUUGUUGCUUGGAUCAAACGUAUUCUUCGUGUCGAAAAGACUGGCCACAGUGGUACUCUUGAUCCUAAAGUUACUGGUGGUCUUAUUGUCUGCGUUGACCGUGCUACCCGUUUAGUCAAGUCUCAACAAGGUGCUGGUAAAGAAUACGUUUGUAUUCUUCGUCUUCAUGAUGCUAUUGAGAGUGAAAAAAAGUUAGCUCAAGCUAUUGAAACUUUGACUGGUGCACUUUUCCAACGUCCCCCUCUUAUCUCUGCAGUAAAGCGUCAAUUGCGUGUUCGUACCAUUCAUGAAAGUAAAUUAAUUGAAUUCGAUAACGAUCGUCAUCUUGCUGUUUUCUGGGCGUCUUGUGAAGCUGGUACUUAUAUGCGUACACUUUGUGUGCACUUGGGUCUCUUACUUGGUGUCGGUGGUCAUAUGCAAGAACUUCGUCGUGUUCGUUCUGGUACUACAUCUGAAAAUGAUGACAUUGUUACCAUGCACGAUAUUUUAGAUGCUCAAUGGUUAUACGAUAAUACAAAGGAUGAAAGCUACCUUCGACGUGUUAUUCGACCUUUGGAAUCCUUAUUGACCAACUACAAACGUGUUGUUGUUAAGGAUAGUGCUGUCAAUGCUAUCUGUUAUGGUGCUAAACUGAUGAUUCCUGGUCUUUUACGUUUUGAAAGCGGUAUCGAAGUCAAUGAUGAAAUUGUGUUAAUGACAACUAAGGGUGAAGCUAUCGCUUUGGCUUAUGCUCAAAUGACGACUGCUGUUAUGGCUACUUGUGAUCAUGGUGUUGUUGCUAAAGUGAAGCGUGUCAUUAUGGAACGUGAUACUUAUCCCCGUCGCUGGGGUAUGGGUCCUGUUGCACUUGCUAAGAAGAAGUUGAAGACGGAAGGUAAAUUAGAUAAAUACGGUCGUGUUACUGAUCAGACACCCGACAGCUGGAAAUCCAUGUACAUCGAUUAUGCCAACAAUCCUGACGGUAAGCAACCCGAACCUGUCUUUGGCAAGCCUGCUGAAGCCGUCGUUGCUGCUGCUGGUAUGGCGCCCAAGAUCAGUGUGCUUGAUGUCGCUGCCAAAGAUAAUGCUGAUACAACCAUGACCAUGUCUUCUACUACUACUACUACAACCAUUAUCGAAGAAUCAACCGCAGGUGUUAAGCGUGGCAUUUCAGAAGAUGCAGGACCAGAGCCCAAGAAGUCAAAGAAGGAGAAGAAGGAGAAGAAGGAAAAAAAGGAGAAAAAGGAGAAAAAAGAAAAGAAGCAUAAGGCUUAAUAGCAUUACAGCAAAAACAAAAAUCUGCUUUAUUAUUAUUUUUGGUUUAUUAUUUGACUCUCAUGUAUAAAAGUUUUCAUAUUCUAAUUUUUUUUUUCCCCCUGCUUAAUCAAAUUAAAUAAAUGUAUAUCAUUGUAAAAAUGUUAUGGUAAUUUAGAGCAAUGUGUUUCAAAGCAA